AUGCAGAUUCUCAUCCAGUACAUGAAGAAUACAAAUAUACCUCUCGAACAGAAAAUUCGAUUUUACGAAAGUCUCAAGGAACCUGGAAUCGGAGUGCCGAAACAUCACUUGAAUGAAAUAUGCCCAUUGGUGAAAAAUCUCCUAACCAACAAAGCUCGCCGCGUCGAAGGCCUCAUACUCCUCGAUCUGAUUCUAGACAAAGUUCCAGAUCAGAUCUUCAGCGAGCAUCUCGUCUUUUUUCUCAAGCAAAUCAUCGGAAUGUGUGCGAACGAGAGCCACGCUGAAACCUGCUUGGGAGUCCUGAACCGGCUGGUCAUCAGGUGCAAGUCGAUGCUCUACAUGUUGCGUGACAUCCGACACGAGGUUUUCCCUCAAUUAAUCCAACUGGUCACCCGAGAACUGGCCAAAGUCCCUGUCAGCUGUAGCUUGCUGUCUCUGACGCAGUCAGUUGUGUCUCUCUUCUCGAAAUCUUGCGGCCCGAAUCGCGAGCACAUGGAGCGAUUCCUCUUCAAGCAAAUCGUCCAGGCCGAGCUGCUGAACAAGGCCACGUGUGAAGCUCUCGCCAGGACACUUGCUAUGUUAUCGACAUGCGUUGCCGAUCCUGAAACCCGACACGACGUUCAGACCUCGUAUUUAGACGUCAUGAUCAGGAGUUGCCUACUCACCGAGAGGCUUCAUAGUCAAACUCAAGACCGUCCCACCGAAGAAUCCUUCCAAGGCACCAUAUAUGGAAUCACGGGGGAGACCGCGUUCCCGGACGGAGUGGAUCAUCUACAGGCGAAGUUGAUCCUUUGGCGACGUCUCACGUUCCAAUUGGAAGUUAUCGGAGCUCUUCUGGAGUCGAAUCUGUCGAAGAGCUUUUCAACUGAAUCUCUCUUCAAGCUCUUGAAUACGGUGCUCGUUUCCGGUGGACGCGAUGAGCAUCUCAGUUUCCUGCAUCCGUCUCUGAUUCUCAAGACCAUGACCGUCUUACGGCAGCUGAUCUGUCGUUUCGGUGAUCAACUCAUCCUGAAGAACCAUCUCUUCAUACCGAUUUUCAUGGAUGCGCUUGACAUCACGCUGUUGAACGCAUCGGUUGAUUUGAGUUUCAUGCGAGCCUACAUCUACGAGGCGAUGAGUGACUGGUUGCAGAAGAUACCGCCGUCUGCUUUCUACAGAAAUCAGCCAGACUCGCUCAUGAAAAUUAUCAAACUCUCGUGUGAGGACGUGACGAGCUACACGGGGCCGAAUCAGGUCGUUCUGGUUUGCGCAGCGCUCAAACUCCAACGCGCCGUCGUAUUGUCGUACGGUCACCGGGACAAGGAUCACGUUCGCAACUUGCUCAUGCAACUCAUUCCUUACGCCAUCGAGAUGACCUUGCCGUUUAAAGGAGUUUUCUGCACGAGCCCCGCCUGUCGAAAUCUAAUCUACGAGCUACUCGUAGCGUUCUGCACAAACCCCAACACCACGCUCCUUCCGCCUUCGGCGGAGAUUUGCAAGGUCGUGGCCGAGGGAAUGAACGACGACGACCACCGUGUGCAGGAAACCUGUAGAGCUUCCUACAAGAUAAUCAGCGGCAUCAUUAAUCCCGUCGAGUGUGCAUUCUCGACGAGUUACUCACACGCUCUCCACGAGCACAACCGAGAAAUCAAACGUUUACAGUUGACUCGAGCGGAGCGGACGCGUCCGGUGGAGACGCAGACGAUUGAGAGCUCACUCCGGGCACCGAAAACUUUCGAAAAGGCGACGAAUACCGACGUUCCCAGCGUGCGGCAAGCCCAAAUGGAUGCAGCUAUCCGUGCAAUAUCGCGACCAGGACCCAAAAGUCAAAAGAGGAAACUCGGUGAAGCGCUUGGGAGGACGCAAAUAGUGACGCCGUCGGACGAGGAUGACGAUGAGGAGAAUCUCGAUGAAGACGCCGAAGACAUCGAUGAUGACGAAGAUCUCGACGCGGAGGAUGAAGAGGAGGCCUUCGGGGAAAUGGAAUGCGACGUAGAGAUGCCGCUCGCGAAACGAAGUCGCAUGAUACCGAUUCAGGAACACGCCAACGGUUCCGACGCAGCCGUGAUCAUUGCAGACGACGACGACGAUGACGACGUCGUCAUCACGCGAGAAGGCCCAUGCUCGUCGAGGGAGCCGGAACUCCGGGUCGGAGAGGGUGAACCCGAGGCUGAUGACGACGAUGAAGACGAUGUCGAGCCAUUUAGCUCAGACACCGCCGACAACAAUCCAAUCGGCCGAGGAGCUGCCGCGGACCGAGAGCGAGAAAUAGUCGAAGAAGUCGACGAGAACGAUGACGAUUGUGAUGAAGACAUUGUCGAGGAGGGAGACGACGAUGAUGAUGAUGAUGAUGACGACGAGGACGACGACGAUAUGUGCGUCAUAACCGGUGACCCCGCACCCGCCCGAGCCCAAUUGAGAGGGAAAGUGAGCACAAGCAACGGAACUGACCCCGUGGGCGAGAACCCGAGUCCGGCGAAGGUUUUGGCCGUCCUGACCCCACUGGAGGACUCGAGAGAAAACGGCCAAGAUGAAUCCAUCAAAGAAAUCGCUCCCCAAGCCAAAGUAGACACAGAUCCUUCGGACCCCGCCGUGAUUAUAGCUGGUGGGGGAGAGGAGAUGAUGGAAGCCGUCAUCGUUCCAAUCGGCGUCGACGAUAAUGACGUAGUCGAGGAUUUGAAGAAAUCAGCUGGCGUGGAGCUCGUCAAGGUGGCGGAAGCCUCGGCGGGGGAGGCAUCCGAAGGAGCAGCCUAG